GCGGCCGUGCGCGGAGUGACUUCCGGCAGGACGGACGCAGGGUAGUGGCGAACCGGCUCGGGGUCGGCCAGCCGGCUCUGGGUCGGCGCCCAGGCGCGAUGACCACUCUGCGGGCCUUCACCUGCGACGAUCUGUUCCGCUUCAACAACAUUAACUUGGAUCCACUUACAGAAACUUAUGGGAUUCCCUUUUACUUACAGUACCUUGCCCACUGGCCGGAGUAUUUCAUCGUGGCGGAGGCUCCUGGGGGAGAGUUGAUGGGCUACAUCAUGGGCAAAGCGGAAGGCUCUGUCGCAAGGGAGGAGUGGCAUGGCCAUGUCACAGCUCUGUCUGUUGCUCCCGAAUUUCGGCGCCUUGGUUUGGCCGCCAAGCUUAUGGAGUUACUAGAAGAGAUCUCGGAGAGAAAGGGUGGAUUUUUCGUUGAUCUCUUCGUCAGAGUGUCUAACCAGGUUGCAGUCAACAUGUAUAAGCAGCUGGGCUACAGCGUGUACCGGACGGUCAUAGAAUACUACUCAGCCAGCAAUGGGGAGCCGGACGAGGAUGCCUAUGAUAUGAGGAAAGCGCUUUCCAGGGACACAGAGAAGAAAUCCAUCAUCCCGUUACCCCACCCGGUGAGACCUGAAGACAUUGAAUAACCUUGGGCAGUGGCUCUUAGGCAGAUUGAUGUGCUGGUAGUUUAUGGACAAUAUUAUUUUCAUUGGGUGACCUUGGAGCUCUUGGAUUAGGAGAAAAGUGUAUCAUUUAGGUCUUUAAAACUUCAAGAAAAUAUAGGUUAUAAAGUGUAUUUUAAAUCUCAUUUCCAGUUAGCAGUAUCCCACCUAUUAAAGCUGUUCGCCAUAAUGAAAUUCAGUCAAGAAGGCCACUAGAUCAGGACAGUUCCACUGUCGUCACUCACAGUGUCCACCAUGUGCCAGGGGAAGACUGCUCCGACCUCCUCAGUUCUGUGCCUGAGAGCCACUGCUGCACAUACGUAUUUAUUUUGUUUUGAACUGUCAACUGAAGCUUUAAAAGCAUAUAUGAAAUGUAUAAAUCUAAAACGUCUAAUAAAAGACAUUGCCAACUGA